GUGACGAAAUGGACCAAUCACCAAUCAGAAAAGCAGAAGCUUUAGAAGAAGGCAGCAUUCUACAUAGAACUAAUUUUCGUUUAUUUAUGGUGUAAAAUGUUCAAUAUAUUCUUAUUAAUCAAAAAUUUAUAUUGAAUUUGUAUAGUAGGGUUUAUAGAAUAAAGUUUUCAAAGUCUAUUUCACACACUGCUUUAAUAAUAUGUUAAUUUAAACGUUAUAUUACUCGUGUACAAAACCUUACAAAAUGUCCCUCUCCAGCUUAUUGCCAGCGCCAACGCAACCGGUUUGGGACAGAGAUGAGGAGCGAAGUAAAACCGCGCCAUCGACAGCGCUGGUUGUGGCGAGUCCCACUGCCCCGCCCUACGGCCAAAGACGAGGAUGGGUUCCACGAUCAAUGCAGGAUUUCGGAGACGGUGGAGCGUUCCCCGAGAUUCAUAUCGCCCAGUAUCCGCUGAAUAUGGGAAAGGAGGGCAAAGAAAGUUCUUCAAAUGCCCUAGCGGUGCAAUUAGAUGCCCAAGGAAAAGUUAAAUAUGAUAUUCUCGCUCGUCAAGGACAUUCCAAAGACAAGAUUAUAUACAGUAAACUGACGGAUCUUCUUCCAGCUGAAGUGACAGCUGAAGAUGACCCAUCAUUGGAGCGUCCUGACUCUGAGUCAUUGCAGGAGACUACAGAAAAAACUAGAUUGGCUCUCGAACGUCUCACAAGUAGCAAAAUCGCUGCAGCUAUGCCUGUCCGAUGUGCUGAUAAAGUGGCUCCAGCUCAGUACAUUCGUUAUACGCCGUCCCAGCAAGGAUCGGCAUUCAACUCUGGUGCAAAGCAAAGAGUCAUACGAAUGGUAGAGGCUCAAAAGGAUCCUAUAGAACCACCCAAGUUCAAAAUCAAUAAGAAAAUACCUCGAGGUCCACCAUCUCCACCGGCUCCCGUCAUGCAUUCACCCACCAGAAAAGUGACUGUGAAGGAACAAAAAGAAUGGAAAAUUCCUCCUUGCAUAUCCAACUGGAAGAACGCCAAAGGUUACACCAUACCUCUAGAUAAGAGGUUAGCAGCCGAUGGUCGAGGUCUGCAACAGGUUCACAUCAACGAGAACUUCGCCAAACUAGCUGAGGCAUUGUACAUUGCUGACAGAAAGGCUCGAGAAGCUGUAGAAAUGAGAGCGCAACUUGAAAAGAAAUUGGCACAGAAGGAGAAGGAGAAGAAGGAGGAACACUUGCGGCAGUUGGCUCAAAAGGCCAGAGAAGAACGAGCUGGAAUUCGCACUGCGACUAUGGCUGCAGACAAAGACGAGGAAGCUCGGGAGAGAGACCAGAUGAGAUACGAGAGACACAAAGACCGAGCGAGAGAGCGCAAUCUGUCAAGAGCUGCUCCCGACAAAAGGUCGAAACUGCAGAAGGAGCGUGAGCGCGACAUCAGCGAGCAGAUAGCGCUGGGCAUGCCGGCCAAGAGCCAGGUGGGAGGUGAGGCGCAGUUCGACCAGCGCCUGUUCAACAGCAGCAAGGGCAUGGACUCGGGCUUCGGCGACGAGGAGGCCUACAACGUCUACGACAAGCCAUGGCGUGACGGCGCCUCCCUCGGCCAGCACCUGUACCGCCCCAACAAGAAUGUAGACAAGGACGUGUACGGCGACGACCUCGACAAACUCAUCAAGACUAACAGGUUUGUGCCUGACAAGGAGUUCAGCGGCACCGACCGGUCAGCGGCGGCCACGAGCCGAACGGGUCCCGUACAGUUCGAGAAGGACGAGGAGGAUCCGUUCGGUCUCGACCAGUUCUUGACGCAGGCCAAGCGCGCCUCCAAGCGACCCAAGGAUGACCGCGACCGCAAGGGCGCCGACGACAAGCGCCGCAAGAAGGACUACGAUGUCUGAUUCAAUCACAACUACCAUGAACCAGUCUCAGUGAAGUGUUGUUGAUCACAGUACAAUUUCAAACAAUACCUCAGUUUCCGUAGAUUGGCCAUCAAACGGAAAUUAAUCUCGCUCUUCUCAUCGCGGCUAUAGAUGGUUCAGUCAAGAGAAAAAGGUAGAAAUUUGGAGGAAUCGUUAAAUGUUGCAGUUGAACUCUUGCAGGGAUAUUUUAUAAUAAUAUAAUAAUAAUAAUAUAUAAAGGAAUGAAUCGGCUUAUACAUGCACGGGAUAGAAAAUACACGAAUGAUGUAUCACCUUGUCUGAACUACUGAACUGCUUUACCAUUAAUUUUUCGAACGAAAAGAUAUCAAUGAUGGAAGAAUUAUUAGAAAUUGCAGUUCUGGAAUAUAAUAAUUAAUUUGAUUUCUAGUAGGCACCAGUAGUGGCAAAACGCCAUCACUCAGGACAUUAGCAGCGUUCGAACCCUGUCUCACAGGGAUAAUAGAUGGUAUUUUAGCAGCCGCCACUAAUAUCCAGGUCCAGUGAACUCCAAUGUUGUGUGUGCAGGGUGCUAAGCACAGUGCAGUCUAUCUGACGAUAUCUUCACUAGCUGACCUUUUUCUCGCAACUGAACCUUCUAUAAAUGUGCACUUCCAAUCCACUAGGAGCGUGAAGAAGCAAAUGUGUACCUUGGCAGUAAUGUCAAAACCGUAUGAAUGUUAAUAUCCUAAAAGUACAUUAGUAUAGAAUUCAGUUUUAUGGGAUUAUUCCAUAACACCAGACUUUUAUAGAAUUCAAUCUCGAUUGAAAUGGAAGAAAUGUUUAAUUCGUAACACAAACUAUCUUGAAGUGGUAUUUAAUUUUAAAUUAUAUUUUUAUUCAAUGUAGUACUGCAAAUAAGACGUGAAAAUCACUUUCUGUAUUGUUUUUUGUCAUAAAACAUUUCAUUCAACUCUAA